UUUUCCAACAGCUGAGUGGAGCAGUAAGGUUGUCAGGUGCAUGCGUCUGCGUUGUCAGACUUACAGCAUCUACUCUCCACUGUCCACCCGUUCCAUUCUCGUCGCUCGUGUUCUUGAGAACAGGCGGGAAUGGCAGCGACUGCAGCGGUUCUCACGCCGACGCGCGCAUUGCUCCCGUCGCGGACUACGCGCGAGGCGGUGAAGCUGCAUCCUCGGCGUUUGCCAAAUUCUCUUAUUUCCGGCACUAGGAAGCACGGGCAGUCAAAUCGCUCGUUUUCCCACCCUCCGCGAAAUGCGGAGAAUGGUCCGCCGUUCCUAGCCGUAACACCUGAGAAGCGCUUUUUAACCGGAAAAUCCCUAACUCCGCAGUCGCGUUCCAGCCUAUAUGGCUCUUGGCUCGCCGCUUCUCGCGGUCUGGUUACCGCGAAGGCAGCUCCAGGCGGGACCGUUGCAGCAGCGGCAGUUGCGGCGGAUUUGGCGGUGACGAAGAGCGCGAAAGCUGCGGAAUUCGAGCGGACGCCGGGAUGCCGGCGAUACGUGUACCACGUGGAGGGGGGCGGCCAGGUGACGGCUUACGUGGUGGAGCGCAACGGGUGUUUCGACGUGCUGCUGGACGUGGCUGCUGCCGACAUGCAGUGCAACCACGACCUGCCGCUCUGCAUCCACUGGGGCAUUUUCCGCUCUGACCGCUCCAUUUGGUUCCUUCUGAACGACUCCCAGACACCGCCGGGCACCGUUUUCCUCAGAGGAAAGACGGACGCCAUGCGCACAGUCCUGCAGGAGGACCCCACGCCGGGCCACCUCUCCCUCACGCUCUCCUUCGAUGCGGAGCUGGCCCCCUUCUCCCUCAACCUCGUGCUCUUCCAGCCGUUCAGCGGCGUCAGCGGGUCUGGCAUCGGGGACAAGUCCCUGGAGGGGCUCUGGCUCAGGAACUCCCGCCAGAUGGAUCUGUGUGUGCCCAUCGGCAUGGGCAGGGGCAGCCCCACCCCUCUGGGCGCCACUCCUAAGGCUGACGGGUCGGUCAACUUCGCCGUCUACUCGCGCUAUGCCGAGGGCGUGGCGCUGUGCCUCUACCUGCCUGACGACGCUCAACCCACGCUGGAGAUCGAUCUGGAGCCGUCCAUCCACCGCACGGGCGACGUGUGGCACGUCAGCAUUGACGCUGCUGACGUCAGCAGCUUCACUCGCUACGGGUACCGCGUCAAGGGCGACCCCGACUGGGAGGGCGGCAAUCGCUUCCAUUCCCGCCUGGUGCUGCUGGACCCCUACUCCAAGGAGAUGGCCCCGCAUGUCGCAGGGCAAGAGGAGCUGCCAUCACCGGCAGCGGCGCUGGCUGUCAUCCCCUUUGUGCAAGAGCCUGCCUUUGACUGGCAGGACGACUUCCCCCCCAACAUCCCACCAGAGCAGCUGGUAGUCUACCGACUCAACGUCGCUGCAUUUACGGCGGACGACAGCAGCGGCGUCAGCGAGGCGGGCCAAGGGACGUUCCUGGGCGUGCUGGAGAAGGUCGACCACCUGCUGGCCCUGGGCGUGAACGCGGUGCUGCUUCAACCGAUUUCGGCUUUUGACGAGACUCAAGGACCCUACUACCCAAUCAAUUUCUUUGCCCCCAUGCCAUCCUACGGCCCAAAUGACACCUUGAAGCUGCUGGUGCGCGAGCUGCACGCUAGGGGUAUCGAGGUGCACCUGGAGGCAGUGGUGAGCCACACGGCAGAGGGCAGCGAUGACACCCCCAAGCCCAUCUCCUUCCGGGGGGUGGACAACAGGGCCUACUACAUCAAUGACGCCUUUGGCAAGCAGGUGAUGCCGGAGUACGGAGCUCCCAACGCCUUCAACUGCAACAGCCCUGUCGCGCUCUCUCUGAUUCUAGACGCCGUGCACCACUGGGUGGAGGAGUACCACAUCGACGGCUUCUCAUUCGUCAACUCCUCCGCCCUCACCACCGGCCCCCACGCCCAGCCGCUCUCCCGCCCUCCACUGGUCGAGGCCCUUGCCUUUGACCCUCUAUUGGCACAAGUGAAGCUGGUGGCUGAUGCUGCCAUGCCGCUGCUGUCCAGCCAGAAGGCAUUUUCCUUCCCGCACUGGAAGCGGUGGCAGGAGAUGAACAGUGCCUUCUGCUUCGACAUCCGCAGAUUCGUUUCUGGGCAGCCUGGGCAGAUCAGCGGCCUGGCAACAAGGCUGUGCGGCAGUGGCGACCUCUUCUCCUCGGGGCGAGGCCCGGCGUUUGCCUUCAACUAUGUCACGGCCUUCCAAGGGCUCACCCUGGCCGACCUCGUCAGCUACAGCGUGGAGUCUGAAGCCAGUUGGAACUGUGGCGUGGAGGGCGUGAGUGACGACGAGGGAGUCAUGCGGACCAGGCUGAAACAGGUGCGCAACUACCUGGCAGUGCUCUUCCUCUCACUGGGAGUGCCUGUGCUGACAGCUGGCGACGAGUACGGCCACUCCAAGGCUGCAGAGCUGGCAGCAGAUUACUCCGAGUCCCCCUUUCUGUGGAGCACCCUGCAGUCGGACCUUGGAGCUCAGCUCACCCGCUUCAUCGGCUCUCUAGCCAACUUCAGGCGCCGCCGCACGCUGCUGCUGCAGCGCAAGGACUUCUUCUUCGGAGAGGACAUCCUGUGGCACGGAGCAUUUCCCAACCAGCCGGAAUGGGACAAUCCCAACUGUUGCUUCCUAGCAUGCACCAUUCAGAGUGCCGGCAUUGAGUCGUCAGCUAAGGAAGCUGCAGAGGAAGCAGGAGUGCCGCUUACCACUGCCGCCCCAGCUGUAGCGCCUGCUGAGGCUGUUGGCGAUCUCUACUUCGCCUUCAAUGCGCAUGGGACUGAAAUGAUCGUGGAACUCCCAGCCCCGCCUGUUGGCAUGAUGUGGCACCUUGUGGUGGACACGGCCAAGGACUAUCCGGCUGACAUCACCGAGAUACCAGCUCAAGGCGUUCCUCCAUCCAUUGCAGCAGCGACAAGGGUGUCGUCACCGUACUGCAUGGAGCCCUUCUCAGUGAUAGCCUUGGAAGCUCGUGGCCCGCCCUCCUUCGCCCCUCGCAUCUGACUGUGUUGAGAACUAUCACCCAUAUGGCAGAGGCUACUACUGUCUUUAUCUGCUCCUGGUUUGCUUUACAACACGUUUUGCUAGCAUAAUUUUCCAAUUCUCGUAUGACAUGGUCUGCGUCUCAGAGUAGAAAAGUUGACUAGAAUUAGGCCUACAGGUUGAUUUUGUUCAAGUGGUUGUACCCUCUAAAAGCAUGCACCUAUCUAGCCUAUUAUAACAUAUA